AUGAAUUGCUUUCAAAAUAAUCCGCCUCUCCUCUUUCUUUUUUAUUUGUUUUUUCACUUUCUCUCUUUCCUUCCAUCUCCCUCCCUUUCGCUCUCUCUCUACUCCUUCCCUCGCUAUCUCUUCCCCCUUUCUCUCUCUCUCUCUCUCUCUCUCUCUCUCUCUCUCUCUCUCUCAUUUCUUCUCUCUCUCAACAUAAACAUACACGCGCAUAUAUUCUUUCUUUCUUUCUGUACUUCGGUUUUUUCUCCACUCUCUCACGGCUUAUACUAUCUUUUUUCUCUGUCUCUCUUUCACUUGCUUCAUUUUCGUUACUCCCAUACUAACUUCCCUUUCUCCUCAUUUCUCUAUCUCUUUCUUUUUUUCUCUCUUUCGUUUCACUCUCUGUUUCUCUCAUUUACCCUUACGCUUUCUAUUCUUUCUCCUUUUACACUCUGCUUUUCUUUCCUCCUCCGCCUCUCUCUCUCUUUAGUCUUUCUCUCUCAUUCUACCACUUACUCUUUAUACAUUAUUUCCAGCCUUUUUUUUUUCUUCUCGCCGCUUUUAUUUCCCCACUCUCUAACUGCUUAUACCUCUUUUUUUCACCUCUUUCUUAUCUUUUAA